AUGAUCACCGUACAUUGUGCUGAUCGUACACGUCAACAAGCAGGCUAUCAAAUAGACUAUCGAACAGCCCUCGAAUUGGCCAAUGACACAGCUCAACAAUAUCGUAUCUUCAUCGGUUCAGAAACACUACCCACUCUACUCCUACGUAGCUUAGACAAUGACUCCUCUACUGCGGUACAACUGGGUACAUUACCCAAUAAAAAAGAUUCCAACUAUACGGGUCGUAUCAUCGUCAAUCUGGCUGCCAGACGCAUCGAUGUGGAAGCGGAACACUUCCAUCCAUCCUCGGGUGAACGUGAGAAAAUUGUCUACCAGGAAUCACUACUGGACGGUGAAACAGAUUUACAAAGCCUUCUCGAACGUUUGACCAUCUAUGGUAAAUCUCGCAAUGUCCAACUACUCCAACUAGUCGAUUUGAGUCUUCUCUCCUCCGAAAGUGCCUAUGAUGAAAAACGAAAAUUCGAAAUUCUCACAGAACGAGUGGAUGAAUCUCAGAGUUACCGUCGUUCGAUGAUUGUUUAUGAUCUUGAUUCUCUGGUGGGAGUGAACAAAAGUGAAGGACAAUCAGCAACGGGUAAUUCAACGAAUAUUUCAUUGAAUAAUCAAAGUGUAUACACUUUUGUCGGAGAUCGAUUUCGAAAGGCUCAUGUAGACAGAGCGCAGGCGGACGAAGAACAAGCGCGAGUGAAAGAAAAUUGGGCUGUCGUCAUUGGACGGGAUCCUUUCCUACUGAGACAAUUUUGUGAUAGUGUACAAUAUACUCGUACACCAGAAGAACUUGAUCAAGAAGACGAAGAACGCCGUCGAGCAGAAGAAAAAAUACUCUGCAUCAAAUGCAAUGAUUAUUAUCUCGAACAAGAUAAUAAAAUGGGUGUAUGUGUGCACCAUGAUGGUUUUGUUUACGAUAAUAGUUCUAACACAUUAGCUAAAUACACACAAUGCGCAGCAACAGAACAACUGUUGCAUGAAGAAGCGAUGGCCAUUGCUACGAACGAUCAACCGGAGCGAGAGCGUCUGGAGCGUUUAAAGACUCGAUUUAAGUUUAUCUGCUGUAAUAUGACAGUAACCGCCACAGGGAGUGUAGGUGGAUGUAAGAAGGGGCGUCAUGGAUUCGAGGCAAAUGCAUCAGUGACACUGGAAGAAUGGGAACAAGUUUGUGAUGAAAACCGUUUAUAUCGACUGAAACGUGCCACAAUGUUAGAUAAGCGAGUGGCAAACACUCUGGCUGGACGAGCACCACUCAACUAG